GACAUAAAAACAACAACAGAGAGAUACGUUGCAUCGCGAAGGAGAAGAGAAGGAGAGAAUAAAAAAAUAAAAGAUGGCGAUCGGAAAGAGUCCCAGAAACGGUUCCGUCAGGUCUCCAAAGUACCUGGACAAGAGUUCUGGGUUCUACGGUCGCCUGGAUGAGCCCGAGAUGGGAGGAGAGGAGGAGGAGAGGGGGAGAGAGGAGGACUGGGGGGGAUCGUACCCAGCCACAGAGCUCUCUAAGGGGGGAGAGACGGACCAGGGAGAGCCUGGGGUGUUUGACUUCAACCAGGGAAUGAUGGGAGAUGACGACACCACUCUCCUCCGAAGGAAACCCAGCCGGCUCAGCUCCCGCUGGAGAAGAAGCUCCAGGAAGGCCAAACCCCAGGCGAUCUCCCCUAGGCAGGGGGACCAGAUUCUGGGUACGGAGAUGGAGGCCCCUGUCCUGGAGGUCACCGCGGUGGAAGUGAGAAGGAGCCGCUGGGGGAGGAGCACCGGGAAGAAACAGGGGGCCGAGCCCCAGACGGUCUCCCCCAGGGAGGAGGGCCCGAUCCUGGGUACGGAGAUGGAGACGCAGACCCCUGUCCUGGAGGUGGAGGUGAGGGUAGAGACUGAAGAAGGACAGAGGGAGAAAGAGAGGAGAACAGAAGAGGAGAGGACGCUGGUCCACUUUGCGAGCCGAGAAGAAGCGGAUGACCAGGUUCUGAUAAAGGACAAGAAGAGAGGGAGGGAAGAAGAGAAGGAGGAGGAGAUGAAGGGACAGGAGGAAAUGAAGGUGAUGAGGAAGAGAAGCACGCUGAAGAACUACCGCAAGACUUUCGACCGAGUGUUCCGUCGAGGGUGGGAGACCUUCGUCACUAACCUGUACAGCGUGACGCUGACACCUGACUCAUCACCACCACCACCAUCAAGGGAAAUGCACCAUUCCUCAGCAUUAGCAGAAUACAGAUAGGAUUCACAAACCUGUUCAUCUAAUCUGUAAACUGCAAUUGUUCCAAUCAGGUUAUGUAACGCCCAUAUUGUAAUUUGAGAUUGAGGCUGGCUUGGACAGAGUGUUCCGUUUGUGUUCUCAACGCAAAUGACCUGUGUUCACCUCAAUGUAUGGUUCAGUUGAUUAAUCAAUCAGUGAUAUUGAUCUAGUACAUACUGGUUUAUCAAUGAUCAAUAUGAACAGCACACGAUUAACACCAGGAAGUACACAAAGUUUAACUCAUUCUUAUUCUGAAUUCCAAAUAGCACACUAUUGUACAAGUGCACUAAAUAGGGAAUGGGUUUAAUACUUCCUCACAGGGUGAGGUUCAACCUCUCUGGAGGACCGUCUGUAUGGUGGUUUCAGUGUUGUGCAACCUGAGGGAUGUUUCACUAUCCAUGUGCCUUUUGAACGUAGCCCAAGAUGAGAUCUGAUAACGUAUGUUUCACUAUCCAUGUGCCUAUUGAACGUAGCCCAAGAUGAGACCUGAUAACGUAUGUUUCACUAUCCAUGUGCCUUUUGAACGUAUUAGCCCAAGAUGAGACCUGAUAACGUAUGUUUCACUAUCCAUGUGCCUUUUGAACGUAGCCCAAGAUGAGACCUGAUA